AUGAGGAGGAGCAGAACCACUGCUUCGGGACAGAAUGAUACAGUUACAGUGGCAACUGGAUUCUCGGUUUUGGCAGCAGAUGCUUCAUGGGACCAUGGAAGUUUAUGGAGCACUAUGGCUUUCUAUAUGUUCAGUUUGCACAUUCCUCUGAGUUUUGGAGGGUUGUCUGUGGUUGCUCAUGUAUUGCAUGAACCUAUUCUUGAUCCACAGAUAGAGGCAAUAUCAUUGCUUGGAGCUCAAAUUUUAGAGCUCAUUGCAGCUCUAGUUCUUCUGCAGAGCACUGCUAAGCCACAAUAUAAGUUUGUGGAUUUCUUUAAAACUAACAAAGUAUCAAAAGAGAGGAGCUGGCUGUUGGCAUCAGCUGUAGGAUUUGGGUUUCUAUUCAUGUUGGUUUUCCUUACUUCCUUCCUUGCUGAUAGUGUUGUUGGGCCCAAGGCUAUAAACAACCCUGUACUCAAAGAAAUCCUGGUAAGCAGCAACAUCUCAAAAGCUGCUUGCGUCCUUGUAUAUUGCAUUGUCACUCCCGUGCUGGAAGAAACUGUUUACAGGGGAUUUUUAUUAGCGUCGAUUUCUUCCGCUAUGAAAUGGCAGUCAGCAGUUUUGAUAAGCUCAGCUAUAUUUAGUGCAGCUCACUUGUCUGGUGAGAAUUCCUUACAGUUGUUCAUCAUUGGAUGUGUGCUUGGAUGCUCUUAUUGUUGGACCGGGAACUUGAGAUCUCCCAUUUUAAUACAUUCCCUGUACAACGCCAUGACUCUAAUGAUAACAUUCUUAUCUUGA